AGAGAAUCAUAUGAACAGAACCAGACAGGGAGGCCGGCCGAGGUUCCUGCAGAGGGAGCGUCCAGGCCCCGUGCUUCUCUCCCUGGGAGCUGGCAGGGUCGCCCAGCAUGCCCGCUGGCAAGAGAGGGGACUGACCCACUUGCUCCCAUCAGCUUCUGAAGGUGACCCUCUACCAUCAAAGCAGGUGCCUGUGUUUGUUAGACAAAUACAGCUAGACCUGCUGCAUCUUUAGCUCCAAAGUCCAGAGGUGCAGAGAGCCAGGUCCAAGAGCCGUGUGGCUCACCAGGGAUGGACAGAUUGCCAACGAUGUGGUGCAUUGUCCUGUUUUCCCUUUUGGCAUGGGUUUAUGCUGAGCCUACCAUGUAUGGGGAGAUUCUGUCCCCUAACUAUCCUCAGGCAUACCCCAAUGACAUAGAGAAAUCUUGGGAUAUAGAAGUUCCUGAAGGGUAUGGGAUCCAUCUCUACUUCACCCAUCUGGACAUAGAGCUGUCAGAGAACUGCGCAUAUGACUCAGUGAAGGUAAUGUCAGGAGGCCUUGAAGAAGGGAAAAUCUGUGGACAGAGGACCAGUAAGAAUCCCAGUUCCCCAGUCGUGGAAGAGUUCCAAGUCCCUAACAAUAAACUCCAGGUGAUCUUUAAGUCAGACUUCUCCAAUGAAGAGCGUUUCACUGGGUUUGCUGCAUAUUAUGUUGCUGUAGAUAUAAAUGAGUGCACAGACUUUGCAGAUGUCCCUUGUAGCCACUUCUGCAACAACUUCCUUGGUGGUUACUUCUGCUCCUGCCCUCCAGAGUACUUUCUCCAUGAUGAUAUGAAAAACUGUGGAGUCAAUUGCAGUGGGGAUGUAUUCACUGAACUGAUUGGGGAGAUCACAAGUCCCAAUUAUCCCAGUCAAUACCCAGAGAACUCAAGGUGUGAAUAUCAGAUCCUGUUGGAGGAGGGUUUCCAAGUGGUGGUGACUGUGCGGAGAGAAGAUUUUGAUGUGGAACCAGCUGAUUCAGAGGGCAACUGCGUUGACAGUUUAGUUUUUGCUACAAGAGACCAGCAAUUUGGUCCUUACUGUGGAAAUGGAUUCCCUGGUCCACUAAAUAUUGAAACCCACAGUAAUGCUCUUGAUAUCAUCUUCCAAACAGACCAAACAGGGCAAAAAAAGGGCUGGAAACUUCGUUAUCAUGGAGAUCCAAUCCCUUGUCCUAAAGAAAUCACUGCCAAUUCUGUUUGGGAGCCUGAGAAGGAAAAAUAUGUAUACAAAGAUGUGGUGAAGAUAACCUGUCAGGAAGGGUUCGAAGUUGUGCAGGGAAGUACUGGCUCAACAUACUUCUAUUCUACUUGUCAAAACAAUGGAAAGUGGAGUAAUUCCAGACUGGUUUGUGAACCUGUGGACUGUGGCUCUCCUAACCCCAUUCAAAAUGGUAAAGUCAAAGAACCAGAAGAUACUUCAUUUGGUGCUGUCGUUCACUACACUUGUAAUGAGCCAUAUUAUUACCUGCAAGAUGAAGAAAGUGGGGAGUAUCACUGUGCUGCAAACGGGAGCUGGGUUAAUGAGUUCCUGGGCACAGAGCUGCCAAAAUGUGUUCCAGUCUGUGGCAUCCCCAGUAAGGAGUUCAUGGGAAAACAGAGGAUAUUUGGAGGAAUGGAAGCACAUAUUGAAAGUUUCCCCUGGCAAGUCUACUUUUUAAGCCCACGGGCUGGUGGGGCCCUCAUUGAUGAGAACUGGGUGCUGACAGCUGCCCAUGUUGUGGAGAAAGAGAGGAACCCAUCAAUGUAUGUUGGGGCCACCUCAGUGGUCCGUGAAUACCUGAAAAAUGCCCAGGCACUCACUGCUGAGCGUGUGAUUCUUCAUCCAGGUUGGGAAUUCCUGGAGAACCCAGACACACGAAAGAAUUUUGACAAUGACAUUGCAUUGAUACGGCUUACAGAACCAGUGAAAAUGGGACCCAAGGUCUCCCUUAUCUGCCUGCCAGGCAACUCUUCAAAAUAUGACCCCCCAGAUGGAGAGAUGGGACUGAUCUCAGGCUGGGGUAGAACAGAGAGAAGAGAUCAUGUUCUAAAGCUCAGAGGGGCAAAGAUACCCAUUGCUCCUUUACAAAAGUGCCAGGAGGUGAAGCCAAAAAAUCGGAAUAUGGAUACAAAGAACUAUGUUUUCACUGAUAACAUGAUCUGUGCUGGAGGAGAGAGAGGUGUUGAUAGCUGUGAAGGGGACAGCGGUGGAGCCCUUGCUAUAAAGAUCCCUGAUGAAGAGAAAGACAAAUACUAUGUAGGUGGUUUGGUGUCCUGGGGCCCAGAAUGUGGGACCUAUGGGAUCUACACACGAGUGAAGAACUACAUUGACUGGAUAAUGAAGACUAUGCAGGAAAACAGUACCCCAAGUAUGGACUAAUCCACACGUAUUCCACCAGCCUCUCCAAGGGCUAGGACCAAUCUAUUCCUUUCUGUUCCUCACAAUAUUCUCAUUAUUUCACCAUGACUGAGAGAAGACAUAGAAGUAUGAUUUAAAUACAACUUGGGUGUUGGGGUACAUGGCUGGAGGCAGUGUUUGAUGAUGACGUUGUGUCGGCCAUUCAGUGUGGUCUAAAUCGGUGCAUAACAAUAUGGGAAGGGCACUGCUGUCUUGCACUAUUCCACGGGGAGUCUCCUCUCCUGAUGAUUGCCUGGUGUUACAGAUCUGACUCUGCAAUUUAUUGGGGGGGGGCACACCCUUGAUUUUUUUGUUUAUCCUGUAUCUGUUCAAUGUUCCACUAACUUUAUCAUUCUUAAUGUCUACUAUUACUUGUAAUAAAGCAGGUUUAUAACCCAGUGCCGGCUGACUUAUCUUAUU